AGCGCCACCCCUCGAUUGGAUGGCGAAAGUUGCAAGGACGCUUCGGAUGAUAGCCAACUAGCAAGUGAAAACAAUAUUUUGUCAGCAUAAAUACUGUUAAAAAUUAACGUCCAAAUUGAAGGAGGCUCAUCAGUAGAAAUAUCCCAUUAAACUGGAAUGGCAGUGAAAAAGGAAAUGAUCCAUGAAGACUGUUGGCUGCUGGCUGAGCAGCUGCCCCACUGGGGACAUCAUCAGGAGCCCAGAUAACACCUCCAAACUGGCCAGUGUUUUAUUAUCUUAAGGGACCUGGAGCUGCUUAAGCUUUCCAUCCAACAAAGCUACUGCACUGGAGAUGCUGUUAGAUGAGCCAUGAUCCCCAUCACUGAGCUGCGGUACUUUGUGGACACCCAGCCUGCAUACCGCAUCCUGAAGCCAUGGUGGGAUGUGUUCACAGACUACAUCUCCAUCGUCAUGCUCAUGAUUUCUGUUUUUGGUGGAACACUUCAAGUCACCCAAGACAAGAUGAUCUGCCUUCCCUGCAAAUGGGUCGUCAAUGAGACAUGCAAGAGGAACUUCAGCUCCAACUUGUCCGCGUCCUUCCCAUCGGAGCCAAAAGGGAUUCAGUAUGAUCUGGAUCGCCAUCAGUACAAUUAUGUUGAUGCAGUGUGCUAUGAAAAUAGGUUGCAUUGGUUUGCCAAGUACUUUCCAUACUUGGUAUUACUCCACACACUUAUUUUCCUAGCUUGCAGCAACUUUUGGUUUAAAUUUCCUCGGACUAGCUCCAAACUAGAACACUUUGUUUCCAUUUUGCUUAAAUGUUUUGACUCUCCCUGGACAACCAGGGCACUGUCAGAGACUGUGGUGGAAGAAAGUGAUCCUAAACCAAUGAAAAUGAAUGGAUCUUUUGACCAUAAGGAGUCGGUAAUAAGUGAGGAUGUGGAAGCCAGCAUUCCAAUGAUUCAGAGAACAAAGACGCGCUUCGAGCAAGGCAUCGUUGAUAGAACGGAGACAGGAGUUUUGGACAAGAAGGAAGGAGAGCAGGCAAAAGCUCUGUUUGAAAAAGUGAAGAAGUUCCGUAUCCACGUGGAAGAAGGAGACGUCGUAUACAGACUGUACAUCCGUCAGACAAUCAUAAAAGUUAUCAAGUUUAUUUUAAUCAUCUGCUACACAGGGUAUUAUGUGCACGAUAUUAAAUUUAGUGUGGACUGUUCUGUGAAUAUAGAAAGCCUGACCGGUUACAAAGUGUACCACUGUGCUCAUCCGCUUGCUACACUUUUUAAAAUCUUGGCGUGUUUCUACAUUUGCUUAGUGGUGGUGUAUGGUCUGAUCUGCAUGUAUACGCUCUGCUGGAUGCUGCGGCGCUCUCUGAAGAAGUACUCGUUCGAAUCAAUCCGGGAGGAGAGCAGUUACAGCGAUAUACCCGACGUGAAGAAUGACUUUGCAUUUAUGUUGCACAUGAUCGACCAGUAUGAUCCUCUGUACUCCAAACGCUUUGCCGUCUUCCUCUCAGAGGUCAGUGAAAAUAAGCUGAGGCAGCUAAACCUCAACAACGAGUGGACGCUUGACAAGCUCAGGCAGAGGAUAACCAAGAACUCUCAGGAGAAAUUGGAGUUGCACCUUUUCAUGCUGAGCGGCAUUCCAGAUACAGUGUUUGAUCUGAUGGAGUUGGAAGUUCUCAAGCUGGAGCUCAUCCCAGACGUUACCAUCCCGCCAAUCAUCGCACAGCUGGUCAACCUUCGAGAGAUGUGGCUCUAUCACACUCCCGCAAAAAUCGAAGCUCCCGCCUUGGCGUUUUUGCGCGAGAAUCUAAAGUCUCUGCACAUCAAGUUUACAGACAUUAAAGAAAUCCCUUUAUGGAUUUACAGUUUAAAAAACCUGAGCGAGCUUCAUCUCACAGGGAAUUUGAGCGCUGAGAACAACCGUUACAUUGUCAUUGAUGGGCUCCGUGAGCUUAAAAGGCUCAAAGUUCUCCGUCUGAAGAGCAAUCUCACCAAGCUACCUCAAGUUGUGACCGAUGUUGGCCUGCACCUCCAGAAGCUCUCAAUCAACAAUGAAGGCACUAAGUUGAUGGUGCUGAACAGCCUAAAGAAGAUGGUGAAUCUCACAGAGCUAGAGCUCAUUCGCUGUGAUCUAGAGCGCAUACCCCACUCGAUCUUCAGUUUGCACAACCUGCAGGAGAUUGAUCUGAAGGACAACAACCUAAAGACCAUAGAGGAGAUCAUCAGCUUCCAGCACCUUCAUCGGCUUGUGUGCUUAAAGCUCUGGUACAACCAGAUUGCCUACAUUCCUAUUCAAAUCGGCACUCUGACCAACCUGGAAAAGUUGCAUCUAAACAGAAACAAGAUUGAGAAGAUUCCCAGCCAGUUGUUUUACUGCCGGAAGCUACGAGUCUUGGAUUUGAGCCACAAUAACUUGACAUGUAUUCCAGCAGACAUCAGUUACCUUCAAAAUCUACAGUACAUGGCAGUGACAGCCAACAGGAUCGAGGCUCUGCCAAAUGAGCUGUUCCAGUGCAAAAAGCUUCGCACUUUAAACCUGGGGAACAACUGCCUCCAGUCUCUGCCGUCGCGGUUUGGAGAGCUCACCGCACUGACUCAGCUAGAGCUUAGAGGAAACCGCCUGGAGUGCUUGCCUGUGGAGCUGGGAGAGUGCAGACAGCUAAAGAGAAGCGGUCUCGUGGUAGAAGAGGACCUCUUCAACACGCUGCCUGCAGAUGCUAAAGAACAGUUGUGGAAAGCUGACAAAGAACAAGUAUGAAGGAAGCCAUACAUACCCUGCGCUUCGAUCAGGUCACAGAAUGGUGACCCUGAGGCACUAAGAAACAGGAUGUGAUCUUGUUUCCGUGUACUACCAUUAAAGUAAGGUAUUAAUGCCAGUGCCAGUCUAGCAGAACCAAUACGGACGCUGGUAGCUGCUGUUCAUUUUGUUUAUAUUUUUCUUUUAGAACAUUCUGAGGCCAGUGCCAUUGUGAUCGGGAUCUUUUGUUUACAAUAUCACGGUGUGGUAUUUAUGGCUUAGAGGAGGAAAUGUACAGACAAACUACUGGCCAGCUAAACGUAGACUACUCUGCAUUCCAAAAUAGUACCAGAUUCAGGGUUAUUUGGGCGGUUUAUAUGACCAACCAAAGCUAUAACAGCAAUAUUACAAAGUCAUCAACUUUCUAAAAGGCAUAGAAACUCAUCUCUUGUCCAACAUCAACUAAGUUGUCUUUUACUCAAAUAUAUGAACCUAAAACAUUGAUCCGGGUGUUUCAGUUCUACGUUGUGGACCACAGAUCUCAGAGGCCUUCAGCUCCACAGGGUUGAUUGGUAAACUCUUAUAAACAUAAAAAAUAAACUAACACAUUGGAGGUAAAUGAGUGUCAGUGAAAGUCUCGUAGAGAUCAGAGUUGUCUUUGAGAGAAAUUUGAUGGCAUUGCUACAGCAACAUUACAGUCUUAUCCCACACUGUAAUGUUGCUACAGCAACAUUACAGUGUGGGAUAAGGCUUUUGGGGCAGAUUGGUGACCUAAUUUAUUUGGAAUCUAGAUUUAAUCCUCCUCAGUGGAUCAGCAUUAGUGGAGGUUUGUAUUAAUAUAACCAAUACUAGGGGCUUGUUUUUCUUGUUUACAUCCAGGGCUGCAGCCGUAUUUUGAUCUUUUAAUAAUCUUUUGCAAACCAAUAGAAAAACAUACUUCUAAAAUAUAAGUUGAUGAGUCAUAUCCGUCUCAUAGGAAUCCAUUAAGAGGCAGGACUUAUCUUUUGGAUUAUAUAACAGUGGAAACUGGCUCAGGAAGAGUAGUCGCCUUGGAUUCUGAAUUUCUGGGUUGGAUUCCUGCUUCUUCCUGUCACAGCUCAAUGUGCCGCAGGGCAAGUCACUUGACCGUUGGUGGUUUGAGUUGCUGGAAUGAGUAGAAAAGCAUAUUAUGAAUUCAGUCCCAUUACAGUGAAGUUAACCUUCAAUAAGGCAGGGCCAUGAAUAGCAUUGCUAUCACUAGUAUCAGUAUUAAUGAGCACGUUUACUCACGCAACCAUAAGCUUUGAAGCAAUAAUGAAUCCCUCUGCAGAUUUAGCUGCCCCCCUAAAUGAGCACCAACAUUCGCACUGUACUCCCUCUUGAAACCAAAUGUUUUUCUACAAUUUUACACACGGGAUCUUGGAAGUCACUAUUUUCUCAAUUUCGCCUGUAGUUGCUGACUUGCCCCAUUACUUCCCUGCAUACUCAUCAUGCACAGUGCCAUGUCACUGGUUACAAGGUCUUAUUGUAGAUAGACAAAAAAGGGCUUCAUUUAUUAACAAACUCAGCAAAAAACAUAGCAUAAAACAAAAAUAACAGAUGCCACACCAGCAGGGUGCAAUAAUUGUUCUGAAAAACUUUAUUAUACAUAGAGUGCGUUAUUCCCAUAUAAAUUAGAGAAGUCAUAUAAGGAGACUGCUUCUUUAAAAUGUGUCGUUAUUACACAUUAUUUUCUAACAAAACAUGUAAGAUUUCCUUUAAUGAGAUGAAAAAUAAAUACUUUUCCAAAGUGAAGGAAAGCAUGUAAAAUUGGCUCCCUUAACAGUUAGAACUAGCCUUGAGUUUUUUGGUGUUAUACAGUAUUUUCUUAAGUGUUAAAUGUAGGCAUAGGCUGGUAUGAUUUUCUAAUGGUACAGCCCUGAGUAAAAAUACAAUCAUAUAACAAUAUGGUAUUAAUACAAAAAUAUAAAGGAAAGAUAUGCAUGACAUUACAGUGCAGGAUUAAAGUUUAAAAAGGGUCAACUUGGUGAGAGUAAUGUUACAUUUUAGUUUCCACAUCUUAACUCUGUUAUAUUCCCCUGAAUCUAAAUAAAGGAAUUAAAACCUUAAUGUUGCAAAGCAAAUUCAACCCAAUUUAAGUCACUCAGAUGUAAAAAAAAAAAAAAAA